UUUCCAACAAGGCAGUUUCCUUCUUCUUCAAUUGCUUCAAUUGCAGAGUGUAAGCAAACCCAAUUCCAAACCCUCAACAACAACAACCGUGCACAACUGCCACACUUCAAUUCCAAACCCUUUGGAGUCGAUAAUGGAGAUUUCACGGUUUUAGGAACAAACUAAACCUCUAAUUUUCUACUAAGGGAACUACAAAUGUCGUCACUAUCGCUUAGAGCGUCCUUUCCGUCGCAAUCUCACUCUUCUCGUUUUCGCUGUUUCUCCACUUCUUCCUCGCCCGUUUUCGUAUCCUAUCGAACUAACCGCCUUUUCUCAGAGGCGAGAUUAUCGAGGAAGGUUAAGAAUGCAGGCCGACUCACCUUCAGAGCUCAUUCCUACGAUUCUUCAGCUGCCAGUGACGGCGACAAUAAUUCAACCAAUGGAAGUGACUCCAACAUCCCAAACGGUACUCCGAAAAAAGCAAGAAAAGAUAUUCUGCUGGAAUAUGUGCAAAAUGUGAAGCCGGAGUUCAUGGAGUUAUUUGUGAAAAGGGCACCUACACAGGUAGUUGAUGCUAUGCGCCAAACAGUGACAAAUAUGAUGGGAACUCUACCGCCCCAAUUCUUUGCUGUGACAGUGACCACUGUUGCUGAAAACCUUGCGCAGCUCAUGUAUAGCGUGUUGAUGACCGGAUAUAUGUUUAGAAAUGCUCAGUAUAGGUUGGACCUGCAGCAAAGCUUGGAACAUGCAGCGCUUCCAGAACCGCAAGAGAAAAAGGAUGUCCCGGAUUAUGCACCAGGUACACAAAAAAGGUUGGCAGGUCAAGUGAUUAGGUGGAAUAAUGUCACUGGUCCAGAGGAAAUUGAUGCAGUAAAAUACAUUGAGCUACUUGAGGCGGAAAUUGAGGAACUCCAUCGUCAAGUUGAAAGGAAGUCUACAAACGGACAAAAUGAACUUUUGGAAUAUCUCAAAUCCCUUCAACCCCAAAACUUGAAGGAGUUAACAAGCAGCGCAGGAGAGGAUGUUGUACUGGCGAUGAACACAUUCAUAAAACGCCUCUUGACAGUUACUGAUCCAGGACAAAUGAAGACAAGUGUAACAGAAACGAGUGCAGCUGAACUGGGAAAGCUGCUUUAUUGGCUUAUGGUAGUAGGUUACAGUCUUCGCAACAUUGAAGUUCGUUUUGACAUGGAAAGAGUACUCGGCUCACCGGCAAAGCUUGCUGAACUUCCCCCGGGUGAGAACAUUUAACUUCUGGUUGGCUAGCCUGGCUCUAUGGACCAAGUUUUAUAAUUAUUUAAUUUUAAUGCAAAAGAUUUUGUGUCACUGGGUCUAUAUUUUUUGAAAAUGUCUUGGUGCCUAGAUAUAUCCCACCACAGUAAAACCCUUUUGACUGAGAAGUGAUUUAGUAGAAAGAUAUGAUUUUUAUGCUUAAUUAUUAAUUGCU